CCUGUAUUAUCACCAACAUCACCUUCACCCCUCUUUUUUCUCUACAGCAAUCCCGAGUUUUUCUGAAUCUAAAUCUGCCUCUACUCUUCAUUUCUUUCUCCCUCUAUUCUUGUUCUUCUAGGACAGUUUCUGUUUCUCUGCAUACAAUCACUGGCUUCUUUGAAAGCCUCCCUUCCUCCCAUUCGAAAGAACCAACGAGGCAAACGAUAAACUCACGACCACGGCCCACUCUUCAUUAAUUAUCUAGCAGAUUUUCCAGAAAAUCAGACUACCAAAAUGGCAGAACCCGACAACUUCGAGGAGGAUCUCUUCGCCGAUCUGUACACCGAUGAAGUUGCCGCGCCAAAAUCAGCAGCAACCGUAGCUGUUUCCAAGGCUGAGCCCGCCCAAGAGGAGGUGAAAGCCGAAGAGUCGCACGACCAGGUCGAACAAAAUGGUGAUGGAGGAGAGGAGACUUACAAUGGUGGAGAUCAAGACAUGGAUGAUGAAAUUGAUUUCAACCUGGGCCAAAGCAACGGCAAUAGCAACAAUUACGAUGCUCCAGCCAUCCAUGAAGCCCAUGGACCUGGCAUCAAGGAAGACGGGUAAGAUAUUGUGGGAUUUUUCUUAUUGUAUAUCUUCAAGUAUUUGAAAAUGACCGGAGGUAUAUGUGGCCUCCUCCGUCAUAGCCUACCUCACACAUGAGGUCUAUCUGUUGUCUAUCGUCGAUACAUUGUCCUUGGACACUAUGGAUACGGACUGGGCUGUUUAGGAAUGGAUUUUGAAGAGCCAUGGGCUGCUAGUAUCGCGAGGGAUGGGGAUGAUCUGAUGACCUUGGGAGGGGAUUUGGUACCUAGGAGCAUUAUGGUGAUGUCUUUGCGACACGGGACAACUAUCUAUCGUUGAAGUUACUGUGCUGGCUGGGUAUAUGAAGGAUGCCAGAACGCACUGAGGUACCCUGGAAGGCCAGUGGAAACAUGAAUGGGACAGCCGCAGCGGGAAACGCUUACGAGUGUUGAAAGGGUUGCAAGGAAACUGAUAUCGACUCUGCAUUCGACAUCAACAGUGGCAAUAGUCAAGCCUACUACAUAGCCUAUUGUCGAGAUAAUCUUCAUAGAGCAUCAGAGGAGGCCACAGUUAGGCUAGAGCAGAAGGCAGCGCAUAGCGUUCGACGCCAGUACCUAGCAUCACGAUAGCAAAAGACACGAUUGUUCUUGGAUAUCUUGCAGUGUCAUUCUUCAUUGCAUGACUUCUCCUGGAUUCGCAGUGGUAUUGGCUGGCAAGUUACUCAGGACGCGUGACAGUGGAAGUUCUGCUGUCGAAACAGAACGGAUGGACAUAUAUUCUCUUGGACUCUACCUGCCGAUUUUAUCAAAUCGCCCUUUCAACGAGUCGAUAAGUGCUGUUGCGGUCAGAGGGCGAAAUUGUCCGAUUUCCACGACUAGCCACCCAAGCGAAGCAAUCCCCCAUGUGUCAACACCAAGGAUCUGAGAUAGCAAAGCCGCAUUCUGAUUUCAACCAACCCAGGAACGGCAACCCUGGGCUUCUUUUUGUUAACUUUUCCAUGUUGCCGUGUCUUGCAGUAUCGUUCUGAUUCACUUGCUAACCACUACGACUUUGUAGAAAGAUGUUUAUUGGAGGUUUGAAUUGGGAGACAACCGAUCAAUCGUUGAAAGAUUACUUCUCUCAGUUCGGCGAGGUUCUGGAAUGUACUGUAAUGAGAGAUGGAGCGUCCGGUCGUUCAAGAGGCUUUGGCUUCCUGACGUUCAAAGAUGCCCGUACCGUUAACAUUGUGAUGGUGAAGGAACACUAUCUCGAUGGCAAGAUCGUAAGACCCGAUUUCCAAACUCCUUCCAAUUCUUUACGUCUCUACCCUUCAUCAGAACCUUCCUCUAGCAAAAACAUAAACUCACACGCCCGUUGCAAGAUCGACCCCAAAAGGGCAAUACCACGAGACGAGCAGGAGCGCACUAGCAAGAUCUUUGUUGGUGGUGUCAGCCAGGAGGCCACCGAGCAAGACUUCAAGGAAUACUUCAUGCAAUUCGGCCGAGUUGUUGAUGCCACCCUCAUGAUGGACAAGGACACAGGUAGACCACGAGGGUUUGGAUUCGUCACAUUCGAUAGUGAAGCCGCAGUCGAUGCCUGCUUGGACUCACCACUCGAGAUUCUUGGCAAACCAAUCGAGGUCAAGAAGGCCCAACCCCGCGGCAACAUGAGAGAGGAAGAAGAUCGUGGUGGCCGGGGAGGGCGAUUUCGCAAGGGAGGCAACGACGAAAGCCAGAACCCUAACCAAAUGCAGCAAGGCGGUAGUAACCAGAUGGCACCUGGUGGAAUGACCCCCCAGGUUAUGGCUCAAUACUGGCAACGUAUGCAACAAUACUUUGCCAUGAUGCAACAACAAAUGGCUAUGGGCGGCGGACGUGGUAUGCCCAUGGCUGGAGGUAUGAACCCAGCUCUGAUGAUGCAAAUGCAGCAGAUGCAAGCCAUGCAGCAACAGAUGCAACAAGGCAAUCGCAGCCAAAGCCCGCAAAGUCCCGGUGCUGGCAUGGGCGGUAUGCAAGGCAUGAACCCAGCUAUGAUGCAGCAGAUGCAGCAAAUGCAACAAAUGCAAAUGCAAGGUAUGGGCGGUGCUGGCAUGGGUGGAGGAGCCGGUAUGGGUAAUAGCUAUGCUGCUGGUGGAGGCAGUAAUCCAGGAGGACGUAUUGGUACGCCAGGAUACAACGCUUAUGAACAGCAAAUGUUCGAGCAGCAGAAGUAUGAGCAACAGCAAAUGCGACGAGCUGGUGGUGGACGUGAUCAAGGCCAAUAUGGACAAGGCGGAGGUUAUGGACAGGGUAUGGGCGGUGGACCAACAUCGUGGGAGGGAAUGUAUGAUGAUGUUCCUCAGCCAAAUGUUCCUACCGGAGGUGGAACCCGUGGAGGAUUCCAGGGCAAUCGUGGUGGAAGCAAUAGGGGAUCAGCUCCUCCUCAGACUGGACCACAAAGUGCUCCUCCAGCAAAUGCACCAACUGGACCGAAGAAUGCUGGGAAACCUGGUGCGAAUUAUCGGGGUGGUGGCAGGGGAGGCAAUCGUGGUUUCCAUCCAUAUGCUAGGGGGUGACUGGGUUUGGAUUGCUACUUCUGGGCUAGGGUUUCAAAACUGCUCAUGCACUGUGGCAUGAUCAUUGUUAUUUGUAUGAUGCAUAUCACCAUGGGGGUGAAUUAAAAAGAUAAUUUUCUCUAGCGCUAUGAACAAAUUCAAGGACGC